GACUCCCCGUCAAAUUGAACUCGGCCGUGUCCCAUUUUUGUGAGUGAUGGCAGGACGUUUUGGAUAAGAAACAAACCAAAUCAAACUAAAUCGGACUCCAUUAUUUUUCUUCUGAAUAAUCUUCUACUCCUCCGCCACUGCCCGGCAACGUGAAGAGUCAGCAACUUCCCAGCACCCGCUCAGCAAUAACCGGAGAGAAUACUGAAUGCGCAAGCGCUUGUAGGCUACGGUGUUGCAAACGACGCUGGGUAUUGCAGUUCCUGCUAACUCAACUUUUCCCAGACAACCUGGAGCCCGCGCUUCCUCCCAUACUACCAAACCCAGAAUCCCUUGCGACCCUAACUAUUGGAAGCUCUAGUUGAAGCGGGUGGCGGCGGAGCGGACUCCCCCCAAAAAUCCAAAACAAGGAAAUGGUGCCCAGUGCGGUGGCCUCGUGCCCUUGCGCCUGACGCUUCUGUGGCCGUCUCCGGUCCCCCUCCCCCCCGCAGCAUCCCGUUCUCCCCCUCCCUCUCUCCUUCCUUCAGUCGCCCCUUCCAUGGGUGAGAGACAUGGACUACGAGUUCAAAUCCAAGCUGGCGGCCGAGCGCGAACGGGUGGAGGAUCUGUUCGAGUACGAGGGCUGCAAAGUCGGGAGAGGCACCUAUGGGCAUGUCUACAAAGCGCGGCGCAAGGACGGCUUGUCUUCAGAGUCUGAGCUUUGUAGCUUGCAGUGCUGUAAUUUGGGAGAAGUGGGCCUAAUCCCUACAUAUCCAUAUAUUUAUCCAUUCUCAGAUUCCAUCGGGUUUCGUAUAUGGACUCCAAGCCUUGGAAGUAGCAGAAUAUUCAGCAGAAGGCAGUGGGAUCACUGUCAGCUGAAACCAAACUUCUGGCACCUCAAGAAGUGGAACUCUGAGAAUAGAAAAGAUGAAAAGGAAUAUGCACUGAAGCAGAUUGAAGGUACAGGGAUAUCCAUGUCGGCAUGUAGAGAAAUAGCACUUUUACGAGAGCUGAAGCACCCUAAUGUGAUUGCAUUACAGAAGGUUUUCCUUUCUCAUAGUGACAGAAAGGUGUGGCUGCUGUUUGAUUAUGCUGAACAUGACUUGUGGCAUAUUAUCAAGUUCCAUCGUGCCUCAAAAGCAAACAAAAAGCCCAUGCAGUUGCCGAGAUCUAUGGUCAAGUCACUACUUUAUCAGAUUCUUGAUGGAAUCCAUUAUCUCCAUGCAAACUGGGUGCUUCACAGAGACUUAAAACCAGCAAAUAUUUUGGUAAUGGGAGAAGGUCCUGAAAGAGGAAGAGUAAAAAUAGCUGAUAUGGGUUUUGCAAGGUUAUUCAAUUCUCCACUUAAGCCUCUGGCAGAUCUAGAUCCAGUCGUGGUGACAUUUUGGUACAGAGCCCCGGAAUUGUUACUUGGUGCACGGCACUACACAAAGGCCAUUGAUAUAUGGGCCAUUGGCUGUAUAUUUGCUGAACUAUUGACUUCAGAACCUAUCUUUCAUUGUCGUCAGGAAGACAUCAAAACAAGCAAUCCUUUUCAUCAUGAUCAGCUUGAUCGCAUAUUCAGUGUAAUGGGAUUUCCUGCAGAUAAAGACUGGGAAGACAUUAGGAAGAUGCCAGAAUAUCCUACACUUCAAAAAGACUUUAGGAGAACUACGUAUGCCAAUAGUAGCCUCAUAAAAUAUAUGGAAAAACACAAAGUCAAGCCUGACAGCAAAGUAUUCCUUUUACUUCAGAAACUCCUCACUAUGGAUCCUACAAAAAGAAUUACCUCAGAGCAAGCUUUGCAGGAUCCUUACUUUCAGGAGGACCCACUGCCUACAUCAGACGUUUUUGCUGGCUGCCAGAUUCCAUACCCAAAGCGAGAAUUUCUCAAUGAGGACGAGCCAGAGGAAAAAGGGGAUAAGAAUCAACAGCAGCAGAACCAACAUCAGCAACAAGCAGCACCUCAGCCACCGCAGCAAGCAGCACCUCAGCAGCCGCAGCCACCGCCACCACCACAGCAGCCGCAGCAGCAAAACAGUACACAGACAAAUGGAACUGCAGGGGCGGGUGGAACAGGAGGUGGAGGCACUGGGGCAGGUCUCCAGCAUAGCCAGGACUCCAGCCUCAACCAGGUGCCUCCAAAUAAGAAACCACGCAUUGGGCCUUCAGGCACUAAUUCAGGCGGGCCUGUCAUGCCUUCAGAUUAUCAGCACUCCAGUUCACGCCUGAGUUACCAAAGCAACAUUCAGGGAUCUUCUCAGUCCCAGAGUAGCAUGGGCUAUUCUACAUCAUCUCAGCAGAGCUCCCAGUACCACCAGUCCCACCAGUCUCACCGGUACUGAAGAAACCUCGUAGACGGUGUUAGAAAGGAAUGAACUAACAGACAACGGACUCCAGCAAUAUGAAGUUCAUAACCAUGAGAAGAACCAAAAAUGCAAACUGUGAUGCAGAUUUUAACAUAAUGAUUACUAAAGGAAAACAUUUAUUUACACAUUGUUUUCGGACAAGAAAGAAUUCUCACCCUUUUUUGCCAUAAAGGAGAUUCUUGUGAAGUUUCCCCUCAGCUUGCUUUCACAUGCGUUCCAUUGUGGUUACUCGAAUGAAACCAUCUGAUCUGAACCCAGCACUUAAACUUCUUUAACCUAUGGAAUUUUUGAAGGAUUCCUGGUGCACCUUUCUUGUGUUGUAGUAAUUGCCAUAAAUUUUACCUUUUCCAAAUCCCUUUACCAGGAUUUUAAAGUUUUGAAAUCUUGAAUUCCCAGACUUUUCAAGCUUGUAUAUAGUUAAUUUUUUACUAGGCAAACCCGUUUAGCUAUACAGGUAUAAUGCACCUUUUAAAAGCACUAUGUUAUUUUCACAGGAUAUUACUGUUUUGCUCAUGGAUGUCAAGAACAGCAGAUUUUACUGUUCCAGAGUAUUUUAUUAUUCCCUUUUUAUUAGUCUAGUUUUCAGAUGAGGUCUUUAAAAUAAAAAGAAGAAAAGAAAAAUAUACAACCCAAUUCUUUGCAGCAGCUAUUCCAUGUUAUAUGUUUGGACUGAACACCAAACAGAAGAUUAUGGAUGAUUGUUUUAUCUUAGAUCAUAGAUCAUAUGUCAUUAUCUUCCAGGUAGGUUGGCUUAAGCUUUGCUUUAAAUCAAGGCAUGACAGCAAAGUGGAAGGCAAAUAUUUUUGUGUCUCCAGUAGAACAAGAGAAAGCUGUGGUGUCCUCUCCAGUGGUUAUCUGUACAUGCAAUGUUGUUUUUGCUAGUGGUUAUCUGUGUUUUGGAACUCUGCCCAGCAGUUCAGCAGCAACAGCAGUGAGGGCAAACAAGGAGACUGUGCUACUACUUUAGGGGCCAGGAGUCGGACAGGUCAUUGUGCUCUUUGGUAGGUAUGUAGUACGCUCUUUACAUCUGCUUUGUUUCUGAUGCAACCUUCCUUUGUGAAAAAUUGGUUUUGAAACUUGCAGCAAAAAAGUCAAAAAGUGCUGUGGCACCUUAAGAGACUAACCAUUUUGUUGCGGCAUGAACCACUGGCUAUUUGCAGAGCAUUUGCAAUCAUGAAUCUUGACAAGCCAUUAUUAUUAUUCCUUCAUAGUCCAGUUGAAUCCGAUAAAAUAUCAAAUAAGUCUUUAAAUAAUGUCUUGAAGAUGUUUGUCUCAAAUGUAGAAUGCAUAGUAUGUUGUCUUACCACUGCUGUGAUGAAUCCAAUUUGAUUACACUGAGGUAAGCUAUGCUUUACUGAAAUGUCUGUUUCCCUAAGUUCACAUACACAGUAUUUGUGUUAAAGUGUACUGAAUAGGCAUUUUGUAGAGGGAACGUUAGAAUUCAUGAGCAAAGAAUCAUUAUCUGUAAUCAGAAGCAAUAUUUACUUUGAGGCAGAUCCCCUCUUUAAACAGCUCCAGAAAUGCAGCUCUCAAACGCUUUAUUUAUGGCUGUGUAUAUUCUGCAGGUCAGCAUAGAAUUCAGCAUCUUGUGAAUCUGUACUUUGUUUCUUUUUCUUUUCCCCCAAAGUGGAUUUCCUGCCUUUUUGAGUAGGAAGAUAGGCUUAAAAGUUUGUGAGCAAUCCUUAGCAAAAUCUUAGGGUAAAAUCCAACAGAGGUUCUACUUAGAGUAGACCCAUUAAAAUGAAUAGACUUAAGUUAAUUGUGAUUUUACCCUUAGAAUGUGAGGAUUAUAUAGCAUAUAUACUAGUUCACAUCUUUUGUACAGAUUGCAGAAUUCAGCUUUUCUUUAUGAGGAAACUGGGUUAUCAUGGUGCAGAAUGUUUUAAACAUGCACAGCCCUAACCUUAUUGCACUAAAAUUGAAAGGCAUAUACUUUAGAAUAUAUAAGCAGCACCCAGUAUUUUUAUUGUUGUUGUUGUUGUUAUUAUUACACUGCAUUUAUAUCCUGCCUUUUUUCCUGUUGUGAGGAACCGAAGGCAACUUACAUAGCUCCAUUUUAUCCUCACAAUAACAACCCUGGGCUGUUGGGCUGAGAGUCUGUGACUGGCCCCAAAUCACCCAGUUAAGAACAAUUACGUUUAAGAAAGUGGUACAGGAAGGAGCUUAUUAUUUAUAUAUAUGCAUUUAUGGGCAUUUACACUGUAUAGCUUGAGCUCAUGCCUCAUUGUGUUCUGUUCUGAAUUGAUACUUGUCUUGCAGACAAAGUUCACCAAGUGUUUUGCACUAAGACUACAAGAGAAACUAACAAGGUGGUAGAUGAGUUUGGGAAGGCAAACUUUCUUUAAUUCUAAAAAUAAUAAUAUAGCCUAUUCCAUGGACUAUAUGUUUCCAAAUCAGCUUGGAACAACUAAACUGUAGGUUUCACUGUACCAUUAGUGUCAGGCAUUGCUUUGUUUGCUGUUAACGGGGGGUUUCUGGGGAGAGCCAAACAUUAGUUCAUUUCAGAGUAGGUGAAAAAAAAAUAAAAGGCUAUUUCAUCUGAGAGAAAAAAAUCUUGGUAUUGCUGGCCCUCAUCUGUACUGUUUGUGAUACUUCAUUUAUCACAUGCUGAGUUGGUUUUAUUGACUGGAACAAAAGUUAGUUUUGUACCAACUCUCAGUUAAAAAGUUCUCCCACUUCCAUGUUCCCAGUUUCAUUUGUAGUCUUUUUGCAUUGGAGCUCAUAUUCAGUCAUCAUCCUAGAACAUUAUUUAACUUUGUUUUGACUUCCUUAUGAACUGCUCAUUUUCCCCUUCUUGCUCCGUUGCUCCAUCCUACCAUUGGUUUUGGUCUAGCAUCUCUGACAAACUCAGUCCAAGCAUAGGUUCCUCUGUGCAUACAGUAUAUCAACCUGUGCGGAAUGUGCAUUAUCUCCAUGAGCUUCCAGUCCCCUAGAAUGAGGGCCAUGAUUGCUGUCUGUACUCUGACAAGUUGAUGUUUGCUGGACAUUAAUGGCCUGCCUGCUUGCCUGCCUGCCUGCUUGCUUGCUUGCCUGCCUGCCUGCCAGCUGGCUAGCUAGCUAGCUGGCUGGCUGGCUAGCUAUACCCCAUUCCCCUGCAGCAUCUGUGCAGACACACGUAGCUGUGCUAAAAACUUCAUGGCCUUCCAAAUAAGCAUUGACAGGGGGAUAGAGUAAAAUGUCAGUUUACACUUUUGAAAUGUUUACUGCACUCAUUUAUAUCCUGGCUUUUGGGCAUACUUGGCCUAUUAUGGUGAACUAUUUGUGUAUAAAAAGAUGAGUGUCUCAUGUCUUGCAGGGCUGAUGUGAGCCAAGUUAAGCUAGCUUUGUUUCAGGGGAGAUUUCAUGAAUCAAAAUGUAAUGUAAGAUAAAUCAUCUAUUGUAUGUUGUGGAAUCACAGGACCCAGACAUUGUUAUAACUGUGCAGCUUGGUUAAAUAAUUCUCACUAGUGCGUGCAGCUUUGACAUCAUUCCUCUUUUUCUGUCACAUUGGCUCUUAGAAGUGGACAUUGAGCAAUUAACUGUGGUUUUUGCAACUUUGGGAGACUGUAGCAGCUCAAACCUCAUUCUUCGAUAUUUCUCUUCUGGCUUUCAAAGAAAAAGAGCAAGGAAAUGGGAUUAGCAAAGCAGUGAUGAAAUGAAUUGUAACAUAGACUGCAUAAUGAAGGACAAAUCUUGUGAAGCUGCAAGUCCUGCACUGUAUCUGUGACACUGUAUCUCGUGGGGUGGGAGUGGGGGGGUGGGAAGAUUGGGAGGACAUCCUGAGGCUGGGGAGGAGGAAGCUUGAAGUAUUUGAUUAUGUAUAAUAUUUUAUAUAAACAUAAUAAGCUUAGUUCCCCUUCAUAAUCUUCAGUGAUGGUACUUAAGCAACAUUAAGCAAAGUUAACUGUUUUAAGAAAAAGUAAACAUAUUGUACAUAAGGCCAUGUGUAAUCCAAAUGUUUUGCCACGCCAGAACGAUGUGUAUUGCUUUAUGGGGGAAAAGUCCUUAAUGCACUGUUAUCUCCUAAAUAUUUAGUAGUAAAUUAAUACUAUUUAAUUUUUUAAAAAAUCUGUCUUGUGUAGACACUAAAAAGUAUUACACAAUGUGGACCGAAGAUGUCCCUUUUUAACAGCAGUUUUAUAUCUGUAAUGUAGUAUAGUUUUCAAAUUGUUUUCAUUUGUAUUUCUUCAUGUUAACUAUUUGUGGAAGUGUGCCUGCCUUCAGUUUCCUUUUUCUAUAAUUUCACACAUUCAUUUUCUAUUCUUGUAGUCUUUUUAUUAUAUAGUUCUCUGGCCUCUCUUAUCCUUACCAACUUCAGUUCACCAGGGUUGACCCAUGUAUAGCAAUGUACUCAGUGGUGGCUGCUGAAGUUUGCAUUUUUUAGAAAAACAAACUUCAAAGUCUAGAUUUAUUUUCUCAUUUAUUGGAAUUUCAUGGGCUACCUAAGCUGAGAUAAUGAAAUUUCAGUCAACUAUGUAUGUGGGUCUGUGGCUUACAUUUUAAAAUGCAUCUCCAGUCCAUCAAAGACAUGUCCGCCCCAGCUUCUUCCUGACUCUUACCUUCGCCUUUGGAGGUCAGUGCCAUUCUUCCACCCUCACAACAAGCAUUGAUCUUGCUUGGCUUUUUUGCUGAAAUCUGGCAGUUACCUGGCGCUGACCAGAACGCUUCUUGAUGUCAAGCUAGCUUAAGUGGAGAACAUGUAGAGUGGGCGGAGAUGUCUUCAACGCAGAUUCAGUUCUUGCUGCCACCCAGCUUGCCUCCUCCUGGCCUGUAGGGAGAGGCAGCUAUGUUGAAUAGCUGGCUACAGAUUUCCACCUACUGUGUUGGGCAGUUGCAAUAAACUGAACUUGACAGGCUUUGCCCUCAUAAAGCAUUUAUUUCUUUUAAAUAUGUCCUUACAUUGCUUUUGAAAGACUGUUAAAAUAUGCUUUCCUUCGUUGCAUCUCUUUUUAUUUUUGUUGUUGUAAUUAAAUUGAAUUGUUUCAGUGUGAAUUUUUUUAAUAAAAAUGAUAUACAUUUGUAAUAAUAUUAAUAAAAAGUUGAAGUCAAGAA